UCUCCUCGGACACGUGUACAAAAACAAGUAUCCUGAAAAUACAUACAUAGACUUUGUCUUACUUACAUUUACGUAGAUAUUUAAAUGUGUCAAAUUUAACAGAUAAGGUUGAGUCUAUCAUGAAUCUGGAGCCGGAUUCCAUUUCGUCACGAAGAAGGAAUCCUUUCAAGUGUGCCAAUUUAAGUGAACUUUUCCACUGGAAAUUUGUAACUCGUUGCCUUAACAGGGUGAGAGGAGGACAAACCGACAUGAUUCCACAUUUGCCAAGCUUGGUUUUGACCCUAAUAUUUAACCACUUGUGGAAAACCUGCCCAUCCGAACUAUUCAAGUGCCGACUCGUCUGCAACCUUUGGAAUGACGAAGUUUUAUCCAUUUUGAUUAAGGAAGGAUUUUCCAGUGCCUAUUUUACUGGGGAAGACUUCUCCCGAAAUCCUGCCAAGUUUCUAAAAAACUAUAGACUCCACUCGCACAAAAGCCCACUCAUUCUUAACAACUGGGUGUUUGACGUACCCUCCUGCGGGAUUUUAGAAAAUUAUUCUUCCUACUUGAUGGUAAAGUAUCGAGAAACCCGUUUCAAGCGAGAAAUCCUUCACUUCCGGAGGCAAGAUUAUUCCGCUGGGGUUAAAUCGGUUAAAAUAAUCGUGAAUGAUUUCCUACUUCGGGAAUUUUUGAUUUUUAACCUAUUUCGAAAACUUUGCCACACUUUGGACACCAUUGAGCUGGUAUUUAACCCAUUAGUUUGUCGAAACUGGACGGUACCCUGGCCCAGCGUGGCGGUUAGUGGGUUUAGCUCGUUGACCGAAUUACGGGUAGAUUUUGGACCCUAUCCGGAAUGGGGGCAUCUUUAUUCCGAUUGUCCCGCCUGGUUUGAUGGCUUCUUGAAGGCAGCGUGGCCAUCUGUUGAAGUAUUAAAAUUGGUACGGGGGGAAGCUCUAAUUCCACUUUGGGACUUAAGGCCCCCCUCGUUUCCAAACUUGACCCAUCUUGAGCUCGGAAUUCGGAGGUUACACCCCAACUUGGAUGGACUGCUCGAGUUUAACGGGCAGUUACAAGUGUUAACCAUUUAUCGGGUAGAUUCCCGCUGGGAGAAGCCUCAUACGAAAGGUACACUCCGAUCGGAUGGAUUGAACAGCGGGGAAUAUUUGACCUUAUUGGUGGAAAAACAUGCAGAAACCUUGACCGAGUUAACCUUACCAUUACCGCAGAUAAGCUAUGAGGUAUUUAAGUUGCCACAGAGUUUGCCCAGGUUAAGACUGCUUUCUGUAGCGUUUUGUGAAUGGACAAAAGUCGAAAUUUUACCGGGAGACUAUAUACUGCCCGAGCUGAGGGAAUUGUAUUUAAAUCCCGAGUGGGAAGCGAUGUAUGUGGACGAUGAAGAUCUGUUUUGGCAAAAGGAAACGUUUAAAGAGUUUUUCAAGCUGGCGGGAAGCUGUAGAAAUUUACAAACGAUGAAAAUAGCGCAGUUAAACGUUGAGCAGAUUUUUGUCGGGGCAAUUUCGCCGAGUAAAAUGAGGACCUUGAUGGAAAAAUAUUUUAAAGAUGUAUUUCAAAUUAUGAAUGCCUGUACUGGUUUGAAAAGCGAAUGGGUUUCAAAAUUUGGAGAGCAGGUGGACACAUUUAUGCAGAUGGGGGACCACCCAUAAAUUGUGUCACGUGAUUUGGUGCCUACAUAUGUAAAAUAUGUUAAUGGGUGGGAUCUGAAAACCGCGAUUUUUCCAUGACAUAUGUACAUAGUUUCUGGGUGUCUCCUAGCAGGAUAAAUUAUGCAUAAUUUAUGUACCGAAACGCAUGUAUUUCGGUACUUAUGGGUGAUUUGAAUGUCACGCUACAAUUGCAAAUUUUUCAAUGCGAAAAAAUCGUAAAUUUCCGUAAGUUACUGAAAUUUUGUUUCUGAAGUUCAACAUUUUAAGAAUUUUGUCAUCAGUGUUCCAUUGUUCUUAAUACCUAAAUCUUGCAACUGAUGGAGAUUUAGGGUAUUCCAUUUGUAAAAGUUUCCAGUGUAGCCUGACAUUUAAACCACCCAGUCCAUACAUCCUUGAAUAUUUUUGAUCUACUGGGACCAUAAAAAGCAUGUUAACGAUUUAAGUGAUGGUAAGGGUAUUCAAGGUAUCCUAUCCUUACCGUGUUAAUUAUAACAUGGGACACGAUGGGGGAGGGCUAGGGGUAAAAAGUCUCCGAAAAUAUAUUCCAUUAUUUAUGUACGUCCCCUAAGGCAUGAAAAGUUUUAACGGAUUAUUUUUGUGUUACAGGCUAUGUUUAUCAUUACUGAUGUAAUGUAUAAUGUUGCUUGGCAUUGAUGCUUGAAUAGAUUUAUUUUAAAUAAUAAAAAACACCAAAACAA